CUCUACUAGGCACGAGUGCACUAGUCGAGCGAAAGAAACAAAGAUUGGAGACUUCCGCUGUUGCUAAGGGCUGGCUACCUGAAAUCACCGGAAAGCCCCGCCGGAACAACCAUGAGCGACGUGAGUGAUGCCGAAGACACUGGACCCUCACUGAGUCGCCGGACCACGCUAUACUCGUGCCGCUUUUCCUUUCUCGCGCAUUUUCCCAACUUUUGCUAGACGCUGACAUAUCAUGGCUCGCCGCUUGCAGCAGCCGGAGACCGGACUUCCGCCAGGCUGGGAGGUUCGUCACAGCCAGAGCAAGAACCUCCCUUAUUACUUCAACGCGGCCGGGAAGGAUUCGCGAUGGGAGCCCCCGCCGGGGACCGACACGGAGAAACUCAAGGUCUACAUGGCGACGUAUCAUAGCAGACCCCUGGCCGCCGAGGAUAGGCAACCGGGCAAGAUCCGGGCCGCGCAUCUUCUUGUCAAACACAGGGACAGCCGACGCCCGUCAAGCUGGAGGGAGGCGCAGGUCACUCGCAGCAAGGAAGAGGCGCUCGAGAUAAUCAAGGGCCACGAGCAGCGGAUCAAGAGCGGCGAAAUCUCGCUUGGCCAGCUCGCCUUGACUGAAUCGGACUGCAGCAGUGCCCGCAAGCAGGGUGAUUUAGGAUAUUUCGGUCGCGGCGACAUGCAAAAGGAGUUUGAGGAUGCUGCUUUCGCGCUGCGUCCGGGGGAGAUUUCAGGCGUCGUUGACACUGCGAGUGGCCUGCAUCUCAUUGAGAGGCUCGAAUAAAUGGCUCAAGGGGGUAUGUUUUGUGCAACAAGCCGUCCGCCGCAAGAAGAGGCAUUCAUCUUGGAGACGACCGA